GAGCAAGGGAGCGAGGGAGGGUGUGGAGGGAAAAGAGAGAGAGCGGGGGUAAAGUAUUUUCGCAAUUUCUGCAGUGAAGAUUUUAUGAGCUUCUCUCCGCCGGCCUCAGCCAAUCAGCCCGCGUGCCCGGGCACCUGCGGCUCCUGCGUCACGACGGCCGGGCUGAGCGAAUGCAGGCGCCCAGCGAGCUGCCAGCGAUUUAAAACGCUUUGGAUUCCCCGGGCCUGGGUGGGGAGAGCGAGCUGGUCCCCCCAGUAUUCCCCACCCCCAGCGCCUCAUGAGCCGAUCCUCGGCCCCAUGGAGCCCGGCAAUUAUACCACUUUGGACGGCGCCAAGGAGAUCGAAGGCUUGCUGGGAGCCGGAGGGAGUCGGAACCUGGUCACCCACUCCCCACUGACCAGCCAUCCAGCGUCGGCGCCUACAUUGAUGCCUGCUGUCAACUACGCCCCCCUGGAUCUGCCAGGCUCUGCGGAACCGCCAAAGCAGUGCCACCCAUGCCCCGGGGUGCCCCAGGGGGCGUCCCCAGCUCCGGUGCCUUACGGCUACUUUGGAGGCGGGUACUACUCCUGCCGAGUGUCCCGAAGUUCGCUGAAGCCCUGUGCCCAGGCGGCCACCCUGGCCGCCUACCCUGCGGAGACUCCCACAUCCGGGGAGGAGUACCCCAGCCGCCCCACCGAGUUUGCCUUCUACCCGGGAUACCCGGGACCCUACCAGCCUAUGGCCAGUUACCUGGAUGUGUCCGUAGUGCAGACUUUGGGCGCCCCGGGUGAGCCUCGUCAUGACUCCCUGCUGCCUGUGGACAGUUACCAGCCCUGGGCCCUUACGGGUGGCUGGAACAGCCAGAUGUGUUGCCAGGGAGAACAGAACCCCCCAGGUCCUUUCUGGAAGGCAGCAUUUGCAGACUCAAGCUCGCAGCAUCCGCCUAAGGGCUGCGCCUUCCGUCGAGGCCGCAAGAAGCGCAUUCCCUACAGCAAGGGACAGUUGCGGGAACUGGAGCGUGAGUAUUCGGCUAACAAAUUCAUCACCAAGGACAAGAGGCGCAAGAUCUCUGCUGCCACCAGCCUCUCAGAGCGCCAGAUCACCAUCUGGUUUCAGAAUCGCCGGGUCAAGGAGAAGAAGGUCCUCGCCAAGGUCAAAACCAGCACUACUCUGUGAGGGAGCUCCCUGGCUCUGGCUGGGAGGGGGAGGGGAAGUUGGGGUAUCCUGGUGAGACCAGGAGCCUGCCUUGGCCAAGCUGGGGCCCCAGACUCUGCUUGAGAGGCUCCCAGAAGUGACACUCUUCCCAGGCCAAUGUUCCUGGGCUGUUCUUCAGAGACAGUCUGGAUACGCCAUGGAUCCCAAAGAGCCAGCAAGGCCCAGAGUUACAGCCCAGUCCACCAGGUAACACUACCCAAAUGACCUUGUCCCAGUCAUAAUCAUUCAUUCUGGCAGUUGCAAUAAUCACCAUAACCAGUACCAGUUGCCAUGAUAAUUAGUAUCAUAUAUUCUAUCUAGAGCUCUGUAGAGCACUUUUAGAAACUGCUUUCAUGGAUUGAGCUGAUCAUGAAUAAACUUGGAAGGAGACCAGUGACAGGACAGCUUCCUCUGGAACCUCUUCCAUUUCCAAAGCCUGUCCCCAUCGCAGUGAAGGCAGGGGAGACAAGAAAUGGUAGAUUUACCCCUGUAACUACCGUUGCCCCUUUAGCAUUUUUUCUAAGAUGGCAGCUAGGAGGAUGGCCAACGCUGGGGGGUACCUCUCCCUCCCUCCCUGCCCAUCCCCUAGACUGUACCCACUGGUCUCAGAAGUCCAUGUGCCUAACUCUUCAGUUUCGGCCCUGUGUGAAAAUGAAGCCAGUGGACUGCCCUCCAGGGUGUGUUCUUUCUUCCAUAGAAAUGGGGUUUGAGAAAGUGCCUGGAUAAUUCACCAGUUCCUCUCCAAAACUUUCCAAGCCUUCCCUUAAUGUUUCUGGUGGUUCUGGCCAAAGGAGGUAGGUCGUGGUUCAUUGGGCAUUUGGGAGCUGCAUGAAAUAGACAUUUGUGGCCCUGUAAACAGCCCCUUACGCACAAAUGAUUGCAGAAUGAGGGGAAUAAGUAGCCUAUCCAUGGCAGGCACAUCCCAAACACACUUGUAUAGCCUAGAAGGAGAAAAGAUGAAUAUGGCUCGUUCACUACCCAUUUCUCCUCUGCUUGCCUGCCGGUGACACCAAGGAGCUUCCGAGUCUCAGGCCUUGGAGUCUCAGGCAGGCUCUUUGCCGAGUGAAAGAACCAGGGGUGGCAGAAGCCCCCAAAAGCCAGUGUCAGAAUGGGGAACCGCAGGCCGCGGGGACAAUAGUGGGCACAGACUUUUUCCUUUCCUUUGUGCUGGUUCAGUCCACAUACACUGAUUCUGGGGGAGUGGAGGACAGUUUGGCACCAACCCUGUUUUCCACAACCACGUAGACAGUAUGCGAAUAGUGCGGAGUUCCAGAAACCUGGGGCAGACCUGCUGUUCGCAGAGCCGGGGGAACCUGAAGUCGUGUACCUAGGCCGGGACUAGACGCGACCUUGUCUGCGCGGAACAUCAGCGGGGCUGAGCUGGAUCUUCCCGCAGCCCGGGCUGGCGGGUUCUGUCAGCCUUCCGGCGAUCGAACGCACAGGAAUGAAGUGGAGAAGACGGGCCGCCAGACCCACGUUCCGAGCCUCCUUGCAGCCGGCAGUCGGGAGGCAAGCAUCCGGAAGGGUCCCCGGCCACGUCUCGACGGCCGCUCCAUCUCAGAGCGGACUCCUUUUCCAGGAAACCCCGAGUUGGCGGCCGCAGCCGAGCAAUUCGAGUCGGGUGGCAUCCCAGUCCUGGCUCUUCUAGGAAGACUCUUCUAAGUCUUCCAAAUCCCACCCCCGCCCCCACCUUUUUUUUCUUUUUCAACCAAAGAGGAUUCUAAAGCUGACGGGGAGAAAAAGCCCCGACUGGCAGUGACCCUCCCUCCCUGGGUCUUCUUAGAUAGUGGGUGUGCUUGGGGAAGGGAAAGGUGUCAAGUUCGUGAUUUACACAGCCUUUCCAAGCCCCGUGGUCCAGUUUAAGCUCCCUGGUAUCGCGCCUCGCCCAGAGAAAAGUUACUUUCUGCUUUCCACGUUCUCCUUCAAGCGAAGUCCCAAUCUUUAAUAAUUUUUAAUACCGCGAACUCCGAAGGUUAGU